AUUAUGAAAAUGUGAAUAAAAUGUAAUAAAAAGUGUUGAAAUUUUCAAUUUCAAAAUUUAAUUGAAUUUUACAAUUGGAACCUGCAAACAAUUUUAUUUUGUACAUCAAUUGAGAAACUGUAUAUUAAGAGAUAUUUUAUCUUUAUGGAUUUAAUAACAAAUGAUUUUAAAAGAUAAAUGAAAGUUUUUGUUUCUUUAUUAAUUGUUUCUUUUAAUGUGUUUAAUGAUUCAUGUUCAUUUAUUACAUUUAAUUCAACCAAGUAUGUAAAUGAACUAGUUUUUCAUUACUCAUUGCGGAAAUUGGCAUUUACAAUAAUUUUAAACAUUGUAUAAAAACUUCAACUAUUACCCUACAUUAGAAAACUAACUACAUAUGUUUGAGUAAUAGAUAAAUAAAUAUGUCAUAAACUAAAUAUAACAUAAAAACUAAAACUCAAACACAUAUGCAAAAACUAAAACUUUUAUGGAAAAAAAUCUGAUAAAUUUUGAAAACAAAAAAGAAAAAUUAUGGAAAAUACUGACAAAAAAAACUUAAGUUUUUCUGGUACAUCUGAUACUAUGUAAUACGAAAAAAUACGUAAAACAACAACAAUAAUAACAGCCAAGUUAAGAAUUUAUGUUAAAAACAUAAUAAAUAACAAGCAAAACAAAAAGGAAACAAAGAAACCAUAACAGAAAAAAAUCAACAAAAUCAUAAACAAAACAUAAAGCAAUUUUAAACGUUUAAAAAAGCGGUUAACAAAAUUUAACCCCACUUUUGUAGGCGCAUAUGGUAUUACCACAACAACUAAAUUUUUCCACAAAAAGUGCAACAGUGUCUUGUAAAAGAACAAUGUAAAAUAAUAAUUAUACUCGUGAUUUAUAAAUGAAAAAAUAAGAAGAAGAUCUUGUUUACAUUUGUAUUUUCCCUCCUUCUAUCUCAAUGAGAAAACAAAUUUCAUCUCUUUAACAUUAUGAAUUAUUAACGGGACUUUUAAAAACAAUAACAAAGUGUGCCUGCCAUUUAAGUAUAAAAUGUUCACAAGAAUAAAACGAUAAAUAAAGUUUAAAUUAAUUGAAGAUUUUCUGGAAAUAUUUCAAAAAAAAACACUCAAUAUGUGGAUUAUAUAUCAUUGGAUUAUUGCUGUGGGCUUGAUAUUUCUAAUAUUACAGAUAUAUGCCGUUGAAAGUGCUAUACUGGACUCACGCUGCUAUUUAGAAGGCGGGGGAUCAGCAGAAAGUUUUCUAGCCAGUGAAGAUCUAGAAAUAGGCACCAUUAUAGGUAAACUACGAAUCAACGGUGAUCCAGAUAUGGAGAAUGGUGAUAUAAAUUUAGCUUUAAGAGAAAAAGAUGCUCCAGUGGAAAUUGUUCCAGGAACCAAAGAUUUAGCUUUAGCAGUGGAAUUAGAUAAAGAAGGAAGAAAUGGUCCUUCUUCGAUAUAUGUAAAUGUUAUAUGCAUACGAAGGCAUUCCACAGAUCCGAGCUUUGUCAUACCCGUCAAUGUGCGUGUUAUCGAUGUCAACGAUAAUGCUCCACAAUGGAUAGGCACUCCCUACACCCUCACACUUUCCGAGGUAACAGUACCUGGUACACGUAUUUUACAAGGAGCCAAAGCAGAAGACGCCGAUCAACAAGGGCCCUUCUCAACAGUAGAAUAUCAAGUACUACCGGGACCCUAUUCAGAAUAUGUACAAUUCUUAAAUCCACUCGAAGGGACAUUGGUUCUUAAGAAACCUUUAGAUUAUGAACAAAUGCAAAAUUUCACGGUAAAACUGCGAGCUCAAGAUCAAGGAACACCACCCAAAUUUUCCGAUACCAUACUAAGAGUUGUUAUAACCGAUGCAGAUGAUCAGAAUCCCAAGUUUUUAAGAGAAACCUAUAAUGCUGAACUGCCCACAGAUGGUAGACCGGGAGAGUUGAAAAUAAGACCGGAACCAAUUAAGGCCAUAGAUCAAGAUGAGGGCAUAUGUGCGCCCAUACAAUAUAGUAUAGUACAGUCACAAGAUACCAAGUAUUUUCGCAUACAUCCGCAUAGUGGAGUAAUCACUUUAUUAACGCCUAUAGGCUAUUCUGAUCUAACAAAUGGUGCUACAUUGGUGGUUAAAGCCACGCAGAUUGAUAAUCUCGAUAGAUAUGCUUUAACCACCGUAACUUUGGCAAGACCGGGUGGCACCCACAGUGAUAUGAGUGCCUUAGCUUUUGUACAAAAGAAAUUUCACAUGCGCAUACGUGAAGAUACAGCAGUGGGUAAUCGCAUAUUAGCUUUACCCACUAAUAAGCCGGGUAAACAUUUAAAAUACACUAUACCCGAUCCGGUAAAUUCACAAUUUUUCAAUGUGGGCUCUUUGGGAGAAGUGAUAUUAACAAAAGCUUUAGAUUUUGAGAAAAUGACUAGACAUGAUUUUCAAGUUUUCGCCACAGAUGGCAUGACAAACACUACAGCGGAAAUUUCUUUAGAGGUAAUAGAUGUUAACGAUUGGGAGCCUAGAUUUCGGGAAACGCACUAUGAGUUUAUAGUGCCUAAAAGUCAAUCUCUGCAAUCACGCAUUGAGUCGUUGGAAGGUGUUAUGAUAGGCAAAAUCGAAGCUGCCGAUGGUGAUCGCAAUGACAAAUUGGAGCUAUCACUAAGGGGACAACAUGCUGGUCUUUUUGAAAUCGAUAGCACAGGCAAUAUUUAUAUGAGACCAGAACAAUUGCAAACUUUAAAUGAAUCCACCAUACAUCUUAUAGCCAUAGCCACCGAUUCUGGAGUACCACCCAGAAGUACUUCCGUACCCGUUACAGUAACAAUGGAAGGUGUAGCAAUGGCGCAAGCUUCCUGGAGUAAUAAUCUAUUGGGCAUGUUUGGCAUUAUUAUGGGAGUAUUUGUGGUCAUAAUAUUAUGCUUAACUUGUUAUAUUGUACGUUAUAAAAGUAAAACACGUAAAACCACGCCCACUUUGGGCCGCAAUCGAGUACAUAGUCAUGGUCAUAGUACGGUAUCUUCGGCUAAUUUAGUGACACAUGAAAAAGUGGCUGGCAAUGGAAAUGGUGCCACCGUAACCAGUGGCAAUGUAUCAGUACUGCAUAUGAAACAUAAUGGCAAUAUAACAAUGGCAAAUCCAAUUGGUAAUGGUGGCUUUCAGCCCAGUACAAUGGGUAGUAAUAUGGGUCUGGGUGCUUCGGCUAUAUUAGCCGCCAGUUUAGAGCGUGAACGGGAAAGAGAAAGACAAAGAGAAAACUAUGCGGCCACAGUGAGAAGCAUAGUUUCCAGGGCCUCUGCUAAUGGCCAGCUUUAUGAGGAAGAUGAAAUCGAAAACGACUCCUUAUGCCAACCUCUUCCCCAGUCGGCGGACAAUAAUAAUAAAAAAAUGGCUUGGGAAACUCCCUCCACAGCGGCCUCUCAUCAAACCGGCGUCACUACAAUAUCCUGUGCUAAUGGUGGUGUCACCAGUGUAGGAGUUAAUGGUUCUAGCAAUCUUCUAACGGCCACCGAUACAAUGGGUUCGUCCGAAAACAAUUUAACGGUGUAUUUUUAAAAUUUAUUACAAUUUAUUAAAUAUUUCUCCAUUUAGUUAUGUGUUUGUGUAUAUAAAAAUUGUUUGUUUUUAUUGUAAGUAUUUAUAAAUGUUUUUUAGUAUUUUAGUCAUAAAUUUAACGUAUAGUUAUUUAAUUUCGAAAUUAUUUAUAUAUAAAAUAUAUUUUAGUAUAUAGUUUAAAAAAAUACUCGUUUUUCUUCUGAAAAAUAAUCUAGUAUUUAAGUUUAGUUUAAGAUAUAAUCAAGCUUAAUUCCAGUUGUAAAUUUUUAGCUUCCAAAGAUUUUUCCAGAAAUUUUUGUCAUAACGAAAUUGAAUUUUUUAUAUAUAUACAGUAUUUUAUUAACGAAUCUUUUCUAAGGAUAUUGUAAAGUUUAAGUAAUGAAUAAAUUUUGAAAACUAAA